AAGAAGAAGAAGAAGAAGAAGAAAGAGAAAAAGUAGAGAAAUGAAGAGAGAGAGAGUGGAGGAGAAGGAGGCGUACGCUUUAUUGCCUUUUUUAUGAUGUACGCAUCCAUGGCAGAACAGAGAAGCCCACAGACCUCUGCUACAACACAAGCCUAGAACAACAACAACAACAAACAAAACAUCCAUCUCUCAAGGGAUAAGAAGAAGAACAACAAACACAGAGCUAUGGAAAUGGAAGGUAGAAGGAAGAGGGGGUUGAGGUGGAGGAAGAAGAGGAAUUUCAAGAACAAUCUCUGAAAUGGGUUUUUGAUAAUGGGAUUUUGGGAUUCAAUGGCAUGCAAAGAAAAAUGGUGGGUUUCAGAUUAAACCCACAAAUUUGUAGUUCUUCUCCUGUUUUCAAACCCUUUGGAGUGUUAUUGUUCUUGAUUUCUUCUUUGGCGGCCUUGUUCUUGCUUCUCUGGGUAUGAGGGGGAUUUCCUUUCAUUUUCAGGGGAAGGGGGACUUGGAAAUUUCAGCCGCGUUAUCUUCUUCUCCGAUUUGCUCUGGUUUUGCAGAAAAGUGGGUUAAAAAGGGGGAAGAACACCAAGAACUCGAAGAACAACAAGAAGGGUUUUCUUAUUUUCUUUUACCCAACAACGAACCCACUUCCGUUCUUCAUAUGAGAAGCCCCAGUCCUCCCACAUCGGUUUCCACUCUCUCUUCUUCCUUUGGCGGUGGCGGUGGCGGUGGCGGUGGUUGUGUUCCUUCACUUCCUCCGGAGACCCCUUCUGUUGAGCCGCUCGCCGGAGCUGGUGUUGGGAACGCCAUUUUUUCUAGUGGAUUGGAAGAUUUGGAGAGUAUGUGGUCGGAAACUGCCGGCCCUGAACAGUCGUUUCUCCGAUGGAUCGCCGGGGAUGUUGAAGAUUCCAGUAUGGGGAGUAAAAACCCCUUUGAUUUCGAUGGCAAUGCCGGUAUCGGAAUUGUCGAACAGGGUUCUGAAUUUGGCCGCGGAGCUGGUAAUGUUCUUGCUAACAUUAAUCCUAAUUUAUCGUUUCCUGUUCCUGCUUGUGGGGGGGCUAAUUACAAGAGUUCUAGUUUGGGGAUGAACAAUCGCCAUGGGAAUUUGAAUCUUCAGAGCCCUAUCUUUAAUGGGUCUCUUGAAAAUGUUGUUGUUCCUGUUUCUGGUUUGAUUCAGCCAUUUGAGCGCCCUGAUGAGAAGCCCCAGAGUUUGAAUGCUGCUCAGGUUUUGUUGAACCAGCACCAGCACCAGCACCCUCAGAAUCCUAGCUUCUUUGUGCCAUUGAUGUUUGGUCAACAAGAACAGCAGCUCCAGCCUCAGCUGAAGAGGCAUAAUUCGAGCGGAGCACUCGACGCGAAUCCCAACGGGCCGAUACCGAUACCGAAUGAGAUUUUGAUGAGGAAUCAUCAGGUGCAGGUGUUGCAGCAGCAGCAGCUUGGUUAUGCACCUGGUUUGCAGUGUCUUCCUCAGCAGAAGGCAAUGUCCCCGAAGCCGAAAGUUGUAGGGCUUGGCGACGAAAUGGCGUAUAACAAUCCCCCACAGCAACAGCAACAUGCUUUGCUCGACCAGCUCUACAAGGCGGCGGAGCUGGUCGGGACUGGGAACUUCUCACACGCGCAAGGGAUAUUGGCGCGGCUCAAUCACCAGCUCUCACCUGUUGGAAAGCCCCUUCAAAGGGCUGCUUUCUACUUCAAGGAGGCUCUUCAAUUGCUCCUCCUUAUGAACAACCCGGUUAAUCCUCCUCCACCUCGCUGCCCUACACCGGUCGAUGUGAUCUUCAAGAUGGGUGCUUACAAGGUGUUUUCCGAAAUCUCCCCACUUGUUCAGUUUGUGAAUUUCACCUGCAAUCAGGCACUGCUCGAGGCUCUCGACGACGUUGGUCGAAUUCACAUUGUAGAUUUUGAUAUUGGUUUUGGAGCACAAUGGGCUUCUUUUAUGCAGGAACUGUCCUUGAGGAACCAGGGUGCAUCACUCAAAAUUACUGCUUUUGCCUCUCCCUCGACUCAUCAUCCGAUCGAACUCGGGCUAAUGCGCGAAAAUCUCACUCAAUUUGCUAAUGACAUUGGGAUAAGUUUCGAGUUCGAUAUGAUCAACUUCGAUUCCUUGAACCAGAACUCCUUUUCGUUGCCAUUUUCUCGAGCAAACGAAAACGAGGCUAUUGCAGUAAACUUCCCUCUAUGUUCGACAUCGAAUCAACCAGCAUUGCUUCCAUCUCUCCUCCGUUUCAUCAAACAACUCUCACCGAAACUUGUUGUUUCACUUGACCGAGGGUGCGAUCGAAGUGACCUCCCAUUUCCUCAGCAUAUGCUUCAGGCACUUCAGUCCUACAUUAACCUCCUGGAAUCUCUGGAUGCUAUUAAUAUGAACUCGGACGCUGUGAACAAGAUCGAGAGGUUUCUUUUGCAACCGAGAAUCGAAAGCACUGUUCUGGGGCGGCUUCGAGCGCCUGAAAGAAUGCCCCUUUGGAAAACACUCUUUGCCUCUGCUGGCUUUACACCAGUAAACUUCAGCAACUUCACUGAAACUCAAGCAGAAUGUGUAGCAAAGAGAACUUCUGUGAGGGGAUUUCACGUCGAGAAACGCCAGGCUUCCCUAGUUUUAUGCUGGCAGCGUCGGGAGCUCAUCUCCGCUUCGGCCUGGAGAUGUUGAAAGCUCGGGUUCUUAUCAACUACUCUUAUUAUGCCAGAGGUACUGAUGAAGAAGCCACAUGGGUGAGUGAAUUGUUUACUCAUAUGUUCUUAGGUAUGCCAUUUUGGAGGCUUCCAAACAUGGCCUAAUUCUUAAAGCUUGAGGGGCAGUUCUUAGCAAUGAGAUUAUAUUAUAAUGAGUAUCAAUAAACAAACAAACAACUUUAUUAUUGAAGGGAACAUGCUAUGUUUGGACAGUCACAAAGAUUAAUUACUCGUAUUAUAAUGCCCCGAUUUGUUAGAUUUCUAUACUGUAAUUAUAAUUUCUAUAUGGGUUCGGUCU